UAAUCCCACACUCACGCUUGCUGCCGUCGUCUUCAAAUCGGGCGCCACCUUCCACCGCCGGCGGUCAUAUUUUCCGACGUAGCUUCAGCCGUGCUAUCUUUAACCUUGACAGCAAACACCGUGUUCAUUUCAAUUUCACAGGCAAAAAUGCGAAUCAUUGCCCAAAUGUUGUUCCUGAUGACUAAAGCCGAAUAAUUGAGAUGUUGGGAUUUCUCUGAAUUGGAAGUAUUGUUUGGGAAUUUUUGAGAAACAAGUAAGGUAAAGGAUAUGGAAGAGCAGUUUAUACUGCGAGUGCCACCAGCUGUAGCCGAAAGAAUUGAGCGGCUCUUAAAUGAUUCAUCUGCUUCUUCUGAGGAUAAGAACUUGGAUAUGGUGUUUUCUGAGGAUGGAAGGACCGGUACCUUUGUUAUAGGCAAUGACCACUUCUCUUCAUCCCUCUUGGAUCUUCCCUCUGUUGUAGAGUCUUACAAGACUUACGAUGACAACGUUUUGAUUAAAACUGCAGACAUCGGUCAAAUGAUAAUGGUGAGAGAGGAGAGUGAUGGUGUCCCGGAGGCAGUUGAGUAUAGACAUGGACUCACUCCACCCAUGAGGGAUGCUCGCAGACGGAGAUUUCGUCGCGAGCCAGAUUUAAACCCUGAGGUUGUCCGUCGUGUAGAGAGAGAUUUGCAGAACAUCAUGGCUGGUGGAACAGCUGAGAAUAUUGGUGUUGAAAUGGUUGAGCCCGGGGAAUAUGGUGAUGAAGCUGCUCGCAAUGCGAGUAAGAAAGUGGCAUCUGCACCUUUAGCAAAGCCUGAUGCGCCUGAAGCAGGAACGGCUGGUGGGGAGCCUGAUGGGAGUGAUACUGAUGAGACUGAUGAUUCGAUGUGAGCCAAAGCCUGAAAGUCUGGAUACAUGAAUGGAGAAUAUGCCAUUGACCUAUAUUGAAUUGGUGAAGGGAUAAAUUGUGUCAGCUAUGUCUCCUAUGCAGAAUCUUGGUCUCCAACUUCUGUGCCGACUCCUCCAACACAAGGUUCUAAUCAGUGCUUCAUUGUGUAUGUCUAAGUUACUUUGUGGAGAUUUAUUUCGCUGUUUCUGACAGUUUCAGGUAGUCUGUCACCUGACAAUCUUGUUUUUUUUGAUGAGAAAUUGAGAAUGUUUAUUUUACUCUUAUGUAACUGAAGUGGUCGUGCAAUUUGUUUUUUA